AUGGACGUUGUCUUCCUGCCCAGAACGACCGAGCGACCAGCCAACAAACGGUUCCGCGUACCUUGGACAAAAAAGAACAUUCCGCUGAAGAAUACCAUAUUCUUCAAUAAAGCCAAACACUGCGAAGAAUGGCAUCAGAGUAUUGACGCCUGCAUAGAUACUCUACAUCCAUCCGACGCAAGAUUUCCUUAUGUCUUCCUCUAUCAACACACCGACACAUAUCUCAAGAAAAAAGGCAAAAUCGACCAGACAGACAUCGACACGCGUCUGAUAAUCUUGAUCGAUACCCAUGAGGCAAGAGACGUCGCUAUUGCAGCUGCAGCUCCUUUCAUGACUACGGGGAGCGCAAGACUCAGAGCACUAUUGCACGUUGACCUCAAUGUAACGCAGGGAAGCUAUUGGGGCUUGGAGACGUGGCUGCAAAGUCUCAUUGCUGCGAAUCAUGGGAACCCAGCAUCGGUCACAGACCUCGAAGCGCUCUGGGCACGUAAACUUCUACCCUUUUCGAACUAUGGGUCUUCUCCAGCGGGAAGGUAUCUACAGGGCGUAAGUAAGGUGCUCAGGGAGUUUAGCACGCCGAAUAUGGGAAGCGUGCCCGAAUUCGCCACCUUGACGCGAAGAGCGAUAAUGGAUUUUGCAGCCCAGCUAGAGGGUAUGAGACUGAGAUGUCAGUGGACUGCCGCAUACGCGGCUGUGGCAUGGAUGAUGGAGCUGACAAGGACUGGGCCUGCUGCAACAAUACUUGAACGUUUAUCACCGGAGCAGCUUCUAGAUUCAGAGUUUCCAGAAUGGCGCGUUUGGGCGAACUGGAGACCACACUCUAAACGUAUUGCACGC